UUAGAGUAACAAGUAACAACAUAGAACAAUUCUUAAGGGGCCCCUCUUUUUUUUUUGUGCUUUUUAUUAAGGUUAGGCCCCUAAGAAUAUUAGAAUUAGAACCACAUUUAUAUAAGAUCCCAAUUUUUUUCAUUACACAUAAAUAUCCAUAAUCUUGUUUGUUAAGAGUCCAUCCCUUCCCAUACUCCUCCAAAUCUUGAAGAUUAGCAAUCUCAAUUCUUGAUUAAUAUCCCUAAACCCCCUUUUUUUAAAGAGGGUUCAUUUAUUGUUUCAUUAGUUAUGAUUUUCCAUGCCUCAAUAUUGCAUUAAUUUAUGUCACAUUGAUCAAGAUUUGGAAGAAAUGGGAAUGAAUGAGGAUUAUUGAUGGGUUGUAAUAAUAACAAUAUAUGUAACGUGAUGUCUUGGUGGUUAUUGUUAUUGUUAUUGUUAUUAUCGUCAUUAAAAGUUUCACGAGGAUUGGAUGGAGAGUCAUUGGAUUCAUAUAUUCAUGAAUUUUCCAUCAAGAAUAUGUCGAAACGAUAUACGGGUAAAUUGUAUGAUAUUCCCCUUCCAACAAAUUUUUCAGGCAUGGAAAGUUCAAUUGUUCGUCUUAGAAGUUCAAGUUUUUGGAGAAGAGGAGCUAAUUUUAGCUUCUUUAAAAUCCCACAUAAAGUAUUACCAUGGCCUUUUGUUAAGAGAUUUGAUAUAAUUUAUGAAAAUCUUGGGAAUUUAUCGUCCAAAUACUAUGAUGUUACAAAUUACACAUUUGUAACACCUGUUAUAGGCUUUUUAGCAUAUGAUGCAAGAAGAAGCAGAGAAAAUUAUGGAAUGGUUGAGCUUAAUACCAUGGAAAAAAAUCACAUUUUGAUUCGUUUCCCUGCGCACGACGACAACAACAAGAACAACAAGAGGAAGAAUGUGACGAUGAAAUGUGUUAGAUUUGUAACAAAUGGAACAAUAGAGUUCAGUAAUGUUACAAUGAACAACACAUGUAUGUCGCGAGGACAAGGGCAUUUCGCGAUAGUAGUGAAGGCAGAGGAGGAGGAGGAGGAGAAAAAGGGGAAAUGGAAAUGGUGGGUAAUAGGAUUUGGAGUAGGAAUUGUUGGAUUACUAUUGUUGAUUGUGAUGGGAAUUUUGAUAUACAAAUGUGUUAGGCUAAAAAAGAGAUGUAAUAUGGAGAGAGAAUCUGAAAAAAGUGAGGCUUUGGAUGAUUUUUGGGUUGGGAAUAGCAGAAUGCCUUCUGCUUCAGGUAUCAGAACUCAACCAGUUCUUGAAAAUAGUUAUGUUCCUUGAUUCUUAAUUUUCUUUUUUUUCAACUUAAUUUUUGUUGUUUUCACACUUUUCAAUUCUGCUAUUCUUUCCAUUUUUAGGGUGUAUAUACAUUCAAUGUAGUUUCUUGAAAAUUUUUACAUAAUUCAAACAACAAAACACCCUUCAAAAUCCUUCA